AUGGAGGCGAAUAAAGAGAACGAAAAUCGUUUUAUACCUCAAACAAGAAUUCCAUUACCGAUGGAGCCAUUGCCGGCAUUACCGAGACAUCUACUAAAAGAGAUAAAUUUUAAAGCAUUCGAAAAUAGCAGACAGCCCUUGAAGACGAUUAACUCACAAUCCAUGCCUGGUCAGAGCAAUCAAAGUAAGUCCUUUAAUCCUAUGGUACCUGGACACAGCCGCGGCAAAAUCGCACCUAAUAAACCGAAAUCACCGACCAAUCUUGAUUCGAAGCAUGUAACAACGAGACAAGGAAAUGACGAUUUGGAUUGGAACUACAAUAUAUUUAAAGACGAGAGAAAUAACAGUGUAAUUUCCGUAAGUGACGAGGAGAAUGAUAAUGAAAAUUUAAAAGAAUUGAGGUAUUUUGUUGAGAAUAGAACUAAGAAUUGUUUUGAAGAUGCUAGAAUGGCUAUUACACCAGUAGUGAAGUCUUCGACUCUGGAGGCUGGUGGUGUUCGAAAUAUAAAAAGAAGCCUGAAGAGACCACAUAGCAGGGAGUUGCAAGGUCUCUCUCCGAUGGAAAAACAAGAGAGAAAAGCAGAAGAAAGAGUCAAGAGAAGACUACAUUUUAACGAGCGUUUGCAAGAAAGAUUACAGUCACCCGACUACCUGAAGAAAUGCUACAUGAAAUGUAUGACCCGGGACUAUACGACCGAUAUGUUCAACUAUUUAAUACGCGCUGAAACGAAGCCAUUGGAGGUACCUCGAACAUCUAGUAUUACACGAGCUUGCGUUAUCAACUGGCUGAUCAAAGUUAAUGGAUCUGACGGGAAUCCAGCUAUCAUUCACACUGCCUGUUGGUACCUCGAUUCGAUCUUAGGCACCAGUCAAGUUCAGCUGGACAAGCUGCAGCUCGUUGCGGCAGCUUGUUACUGGAUAGCGCAAAAGCUGCACGGGCCAGUGCUCACUGCGACGAGAUUAGUGAAAUGCGCUAAUCACGCAUUUUCAGCGAGUAGAUUGAUGGCUGCCGAGAAAGUUGUUCUGCAGAAACUUAAAUUUCCAACCCAACCAGUGGUCCCACAGGAAUUCAUAAGUUACUUAUCAUGGUGGUGUGACAAUAACCAUCCCGGAGAGAUUGAAGUUGCAGCUACCUUUUUAUGCAUGUCAGGACUAAUGGUAGACAAAGCGCUAUGCGAAGAGUAUCCAUCAGCUAUAGCGGCAGCUUCAGUUAGAAAUGCUCUGCUGUUGCUAAGAAAACGGGAUCUGAUGAUGCGACUGGCGAUGUGUCCUGUAUACAAAUCAGCAGAGAAGAAAACUACGAACAUGAGCUACGUGUGCUCCAUACUCCGUAGGGCUGUACGUACGAUUGCGGCUCCGAUCUAUGAAUACAAAGCGCCCUUUGACCACUACGGUAUACCUCCGAACUACAUAGCACAGAGGAUCAUCAAUGCUGCCAACGAUCUCGCUGUCAUCGAUACUAGAGUUAUAAGCAAGGACCAGUCAACACUUUUAACUAGCCUGUAUAAUAACUAG